AUGCCGCGCAAGCGCAAGUCUAUUUCUACGAUAUAUACAAGCCACACAAGCCACAAACGAAAGAAACGCUGGACAACCCAGCACGUCGUUCAUUCUAGCGACAACGAGGCAGACACCGAUAGCGAAGCUCUGAGUGCAGACGAGUGGCUUAUCAACUGUAUACUUGACGAGACCGAAUCGCAAUACUUGAUUGACUGGGAAGGACCUUGGACGCCUACCUGGGAACCGAAGGAAAACGCCAACGACGUUGCCGUGCAAGUCUGGGAGGACAAAAAGCGAAGAGAUCAGACCCAAGAGGAAUUUGUUCGAAGUAACACUCCACCACUACCAUCACCAUCACCGCCACCCGUCUCCAGUGUUCAAGAACACAGUAGAGACUCCUUAAGCCCAAGACCCAGUCAGCCCCAGACUGAAGCCCCGACUGACGAAUCCCGGUCUAGACAGUCCUCGACCCCUCUCUUUGUUCCGCCUAGCCCCGUACCACAAACUACUUUGUUUCUGGAUGAUCAAGCCGGCGGAUUACUGAGGAGUUCCGGUGUUGAUACAGAAGUACCCAGCCAUACGUCACAAUCGGUUACUGACAGCCCACUUGACCCGGAAGUGGUACCCACUGCCCGUGUUACUGAAGUCGCUGCUAUCAUCUCGACUCCCUGCGAACCCAUAGUCUCGGACGAAGUCGAAGAGACGCCGAUCACACCUUACCGCCCAGGAAAUACCGACACACCGAACGUCACUGAAGGGAUCCCGGAAACUCCGCAUAACGAAUCUUCUGCUGCGCCCUCGACUUCAAACUUACCCGCGCUAUUGCCAGCCAACCCGGCAGAAGAAGCUGAUGAGAUACCUGAAACCCCGUCUAAUCCAGUCGAUGAACCCCAGCUAUUCAGACGUGCGAGUACAAUACCCGAGUCAAUUGCUGUAAACGGUCCGCAAACCCCAGCGAGUCAACUUUCUACUUCAAGCUUUCGUUCAUUACUGAACCAACUUUUCCAUUCAAGAUCGAGAAACAGCAUGGAUAGUCAAGAGAAGGAAGGGCCGUCGUUGUCCGAUACCAUGGAGAAGUACAGCCAGUUUGAAGGGUCCACCCCGAGGGAAAAGCUCAGAAAUGCAUAUGCACAACUACGCGCAAAAGCCAACCCUGGCCCUGAAUCAAGUGCGACGCCAUCAUCUGCCGGAGACAUAGAGCCUUCUGUCCCGAUUUCUGUACCGGAGACGACAGCUCCCCUUAGCGUUCGAGUCGAUAAGGAACCAACACAUCCUAAAGAUGUUGAAGUGGACCAGGAUACUACAAUCCCCCUUGUCGAGCCUUUGGAGAUGGGACCUCCCCAGACUAUUCAGCCUAGCGCAUUGUCCAUGCACUUCGCAGAAGAGCCAACACCUGGUUCGGUCCAUCUUGGGCCGUCGGAGUUUGCUGUGCCUCUUCCAAUGGAUUCCAGGGUCAAGGAUGACUAUGAACGGGUUCUGACGAGCGAAAGCCAGAGUAUUCGCGAUUUCCUCGGCGAUUAUCAGGUUCGAUCAAAGCAGCGUGAUCUUCUUGUGCCGAAGAUGCAUGAAAUACUCGAUCGUCUGAGCAAUAUUUCUACGCACCCAGAUUUGAACAUUGCGGAACACAUCAAAGACUCUGAGUCGGACCUAGGGAGAGAGGCUGCUUGGGCUGAGUACUCAAGCGCAAAGUUUUUGCUCUUAAGCUACCUUUUGGAGUCAGCCAGCAUGCGUGAUAUACAUUUGGUUAUCAUGGUGCAAGGAGAAAAGACUCAGCGGGUGGUUGAACGUUAUCUGAUGGGCAAGGGCUUGUCGUAUACUCGUCCACGCCAGGAAAUGGGAUCGGGCACGAAUAUUGAGGUUUCCAUGGUCAAGGAUUCCUUGAGUUUUGGGAUUCAGACCACGCGUAAUGAAGGGGUUAUGGAGACAUACAAAGCCCCUGCUGCUAUCAUCGCUUUAGAUAAGUCUUUCAGCAGCCAAACACCCACGGUGGAACAUAUGCGAACCACAUUCGCUCGCAAUGGCAAUCUGCUUCCGGUGGUUCGCCUAUUAGUGUCAAACUCCAGUGAACAUAUCGAACUAUGUUUCUCCGGUCUUCCGGAACCGGAACGUCUGAAGACACUCCUGCAAUACUCCAUUCGUCUCCGUGACGUGGUUGGUGACCUUCAGGAUGAUGCUCUUGGAGUGCAGGAGGAUGCAGAAGAACUUCUCACUUGCCUUGUCUCAGAUAACUUUAACGCUCAUUGGUCUCUACCUCACAUUGAGCCUUUGCACAUUCUGAGCCCUGAGCAGCUUGAGGCGUCGCAACAAGAGCUGCACAGUCGACCUGGUGUCGACAUACAACUGACGACUUCUCAAGCCCAUAAACGAGCAUUUGAAGACGAUGAGGUCGAACAGUCAGCCAAGAGAACGAGGACGGAAGAGCCGACACAAGAACCAACCCAGUCCACUGAAUCGACUGGAUUCCCAAGUCAACCAUUAAACGGUGGACUCCAAACGCUAGAGAAGAAUAUCGUUCAGAUGCAGAACUCACAUGCAGCAGAGCUCGAAAGACUCCAGAAAGCUCUCGCAGGAGCCCAAGCCCGUCUUCAAGAAAGAGAGAACGUGCUGGAAAAGCUGCAGCACCGUUACGAAACACGGACCAGAGACUUCCACAAACUCCGACGGGAGCAUGACCGUCUCACCCAAGCUAAGGCCACAUCCGACCAGCGAGUCGAAAAGCAGAAAGAAGAGCUCAUGAAAUUGAAGGACGAACGGACCCAGCUCCGACACGAACUCGAAGCGGCCCGCGAGUCCCUCAAAGCAGGCGGGGGCAGCGCAGCCGAACUCGAAUCAGCAAGGGAAGACAUUCGACGUCUGACUAAAGACAACGCUUCGCUAGAACGCAAAGCCGAAUACGAAGCCCGACAAGCAGAAUACACGCGCGAACAAUACCAGACCGCCUCGACCGUGGCCGCACAAUCAGGCAACGAGCUUCGCCAACUGCGCAGCGAGAACGAAACCCUGAAACGGAAGGUCGAGGGAGAUGCAGCCCAUCUGCGCGAACUCAACACGAAGAACGACGAAGCCCGCCAUCUCGCGCGGGUUCUCGAACUCGAAGCAACCCUCACGUCCCGGGAAGAUCUGCUCCGCCGGAAGGAAGAAGAACUUCGGGAAAUCCGGAAGAAUCGUCCGUCGACUCGCUCGACCAGCACGCAGCCGCGAAGCCCCAAAUGGACUGCAGGUAAUAGCCGGCCCACGAGCCCUGGCAUCAACAAUGGUUCAUCGCUUGCAGGUCGCGGUAGUGCGCUCAGAUUUAGUUCCGAAAUGCCCCUUUAG